AUAUAGGGUUCUGUAUACUCUAUACUUUUAUGUCUAUUAUUAUUAUUAGUAGUAGUAGUAGUAGUAGCCUUUUCUUAUUGAGCAGUGACAAGUUAAAUGACAUAAUGCGAACGGAUAACAUUGACUAUAUAGCUUACAUCAAUCACGUAAUAAUUUAAUACACAGAGUUCAGAUACUCAAAUUUGUAUUAACUGAACUUUUUAAAAAUUUCUAAUCAUAAAAUGUUCACAUUAAAACUUCAAUGAGCGUGAAAACAAUCUAGCAUGCAUAUUCAUGUAUUUGGUAUAUUAAUACAUUUCACCUACCAAAGCUUAAAUUUUGAGUAUAUACUUUUCAACAAUCUUACUAAUGACAUAAUUAAUUGAAUCAUUAGUGGCAUUGUGCUGUUAUCGCAUGUCAGCGCAAUUAUUACCGCAUUAGAACAUCACAGAUAAGUCGCAUUUUUCUGUUAAUCAAACACGACAAACACAACAAAUGACAAAUCUACAACAAUAAUUUACGCAAUUGCGUUAAAACAGCAAUAAAUAUCAUAAUCUGCGCAACUUUCCAAGCAGCAAGGAUGGAGAUUGCGGCAACCUGUAACUUGUACUUCAGCCGCAUUUUACGAAAGUAUAACAGAAAAUACGUAAUGAAUGUCAACGAAACUUGCAAGCUGUCUCUCGGGUGUCCUCCUUCAAAGAAAAACAUACGUGUAGGAUUCAUGCGUGCCACAUGCUGUUUCUUGUCGAAUUGUGAGGCGUUGCUACGUCUCUCUCUCUUUUAUUAUGAUUAUCUGGUGUCGAGAAGAGGCCUGCGUGUGAACAAUUACCAUGAAAGGCCAAAUGAUUGGAGAGAGUGGUGGGCCGGCGACAGAGUGUUGUGACACGGGGACAAUGCGCCGGCUCGGGUAAUGAACCUGUCAGUGCUCUCUAACACCCUCUCAAGAAAUGAGCGCAUAUUGUGGCCGGGAGCCACGCAAGCCGCCGUUUACAGUAGCCGUAAGGUCUGAAUAUCAGGCAGGUGAGGAGAGACACGCGGCAUGGCGGUAAUUAACGCGUUAAAUGAAGCGCUUUAAAGCGCCAAAACGCUGUCAAGGCAGAAAUCUUUCCGGCUACCUAUAAUAAAUUCCUACCAACGGAGCUAUACACAGAUUGCUAUAUAAUUAAAAUUAAAAACUAUCUUACGAAACAUUUUUCAAAAAGUUGCAUUUUAGCAGAUAAUUAAAUUAAAGCUAUCAACGGUUUUAAACGGCUUCAAUCAUACACUGAGCAAUAUAAUUAGCUCAUAACGAAGAACUGUAAACAUGUCUGAUAACUGUUAUCGCUUCUAAAAAUGUCGUUCAGCAAACAGGGUGCAUCCCUUGUUCCUGUAACAAGGGACCAACAUGGACAUAAACACAUAACCGCCAAAGGAAAGAAUAUCAGUUUAUAUUUAGGCCUACAAACCUUAAUCCAUGUUACUGCUGCUACUAAUACGGGUUAAUCUAAAACUAUUAACGCAAUAAUAAUAGUAGUAUUGUAUCAACUAGCAAUGCUGAUUAUCUAAAUUAGGCCUUUCACUUUUAUAACUGCCUUCAAAAACGAAAUACAAGAACUACAACAAAUUUAUGAAUGAGAAUUUAAAAUAACUCAAAAAAUGUACAGGCCCAAUAUAUACAAAACCAUACAGUUAUAUUAAGAUAGAAUUCUAAAAUAUUUUUACAAUUAUUGUAAUUCAUUUUAUUCUGAUAUAUUCUGAAAAAAAAAUCGAGUAUAUUUAUUUUCCUAAAUAUUUUAUUUUGCCAAGUAUUGGACUACUUUCGAAGGUUUCAAACUAUAUACCCAUUUUAAAACUGCAUAAUAGUUUAAAUUUUAUAAUUUAAAAAGUGGUCGGUUUCAUAAUUGCUACUAAUUUAGAUUUUCUUUUGAUGGCUUUAAAUACAAACAUUAAGUACAGUAUCCGACACAUCCAUAACGUCAAGUCGUUUUUCUUCAGCAAAGAAACGCAGACGACAAACGAACUUGCGCUCCUCGUCAGAGAAGUUUGAUCUAAAUUCUUUUAAAUCCAAGAUGUGCUGUAGGGUUGUCUGAUUGUAGCCCACACUUUAAGUCCACUUAAAGGAAGCGGAGAAGGAAGCUGUCUGGUUUCAAUAGAUCAAAGAGAGGUAAUGGUGAAUGGAGUCAUUUGCAAUUAUAAGAAUAAUUAGCAUCCCUGGUCCUACAUUGCUAAUCAGAGUCGGAGGUGACAUGUUUAUGUUCAUGCAAUCAGACGGGCAGUUGGAGAGCUCGCGCCCCCAGGACUCAAUAGGGGCUAAUCAUCAUCAGUACGAAAUGCCAUUUAAACGGUAAAAUAAUUUUAAAUGAAAUUAACAAUCGAGAAAAAAAACUAUUCAGAAAAAAAAAGAUUAGCGGGAUUAAACAAUAAGAAAAAAAGAGUAUAAUCGUCAUUUUUUUAUGGAAACAUAUGGAUAAACACCUUAUGACUAGAUUUUAAAUUGGAUACAUAGCACGUUUUGUAUGCCUACUAUGCAAAUAACGCGAUAGACAGUGUGGUAAUAAUAGUCAGUGUUUAUUCUUUUUGUUUAUUUGCACUUUAAUAAUUAUUAUCAGGAAUACGAAUAAAGUAUAUUUAGGAACCCACAAUAUUAUAGGUAAUGUUUGAUGAAAUUACAGUGCGCGACUAUUAACGUCUUAAAACUGAAACCGUGUAAGUUUGUGGCAAACCGAAGUCUUGGUAUUGUUAUAGCAUUUACUUUGUAAAUCUGGAAUUGAGCUCCGUUUUAGUUUGUAGUUGACCCUCUCAUUCAAGUCUUUUAUUCUGUCCCAUUCUUCAGACAAUAUUUCCCUCCGGGGGAUAAUUAUCUUUGCACUUCUCCGAGGCCAAAUACAUUGUGUUGGUUCCGAAGAAAAGGUUUUCUUUUAGACAAGUCGGGGAAAAACAUCUGCCUAACCUCCUUCACGACUCUGGUGCCAUCCGUCCCUAAAUUUUAACAAUGGCGCCCUUGUUUUACGUCGCUUCCCUGAAUCCAAAGUAAUUACUAAUCAUCAAUCAAAAUUAAUAAUAGUUGAUUUGGCUGGUGUGGUCAACGAUUAGGGAAGGGGAAGGUUGUAAACCUUCUCACAGCGCUUCCAGUCACUGUCGUCCAAGCUUAAGGGGGUUCGGCCCCUCUGUCUAUUGGUAUCCACUGGGAAACUACCGCCUCUCAUGGUAGCCAAAAAGUCAGGAGCUGAAUAAGGAAAUGAAGCGUAAUUUGAGGAAGAUGGAUGAGUUCGGAGGGCUACACCCCCUCCCAUCCCUCUUCUAUUGCAGAUGAUGAGCCUAGCGAGUAUGCGUGCGUGCGUGCGUGUGUGUGUGUGUGUGUGUGUGUGUGACAGAGGGAGAAACGGAGUGAGAGAGAAGCGAAUAAGCGGCAGGUCGCAGUCAGCGAUUUGGCUUCCUAAGGAGAGGACGGAGUAAAGGCACUCAGUAUUAACGUAAGAGAUCCGGAGGAUACCACAAAACGGCAGAAGGAGUACACACAUUCCGCUGUACGGGGAUCGGAGGGAUUUCCUAACUUAAAGUGAGGAGUACUUUUAGAACAUAAAGCAAUAUUUGGUUCGCGACCAGAAUGCAGAGACCAAGCGGCCAAGGUACGGCGUUUUCCAUUGAUUCGUUAAUUGGGACUCCUCAGCCGCGGCCGGGGCACCUGCUCUACACGGGUUACCCGAUGUUCAUGCCGUACAGACCUCUGGUAAUCCCCCAAGCCCUGUCUCAUUCGCCUCUACAGUCAGGCAUCCCGCCGCUGGCCCCUUUGGCUUCGUUUGCCGGACGUCUCACCAACACAUUCUGCGCCAGUCUGGGACAGGGGAUGCCUUCCAUGGUCGCCCUUACCGCCACACUUCCCAGCUUCUCUGACCCGCCGGAUAGUUUUUAUCCGCCGCAAGAGAUUCCGGGACCCCGGCUGAGCUCGGAUCCAGCGAUAAGGAGACAAGAGAGCCCACACUCGGAGGAUUUGCCCGUAAGGGACAAGGGCUCAGAACUGCUCAACUUCUCGGAAACUUUUCAGACCAUCACAGGAGAAACCAAACUCUACAGUUCAGACGAUGAGAAACUGGACCUCAAAUCAACGGAGACCCCUUGCAGCGACAGGGAGGACGACAGCUCUGCAGACAGCGAGAACGAAAGUUUCUCGGACGGGAACAAUUGCGGUUCGCUGUCGCAAAAGAACAAACUCAAAGCUGGGUCACAAGAGCCUCUACCGCCGGGGAGUUCAGCUGGGAAGAGUCGGCGAAGACGAACGGCUUUUACCAGCGAGCAAUUAUUAGAACUGGAGAAAGAAUUCCACUGUAAAAAGUACCUUUCGUUGACUGAGCGCUCACAAAUUGCACACGCACUUAAACUGAGCGAGGUCCAGGUCAAGAUCUGGUUCCAAAACCGACGGGCCAAAUGGAAACGGAUUAAAGCCGGCAACGUCAACAACAGAUCGGGGGAACCAGUAAGGAACCCAAAAAUUGUGGUCCCCAUCCCGGUGCACGUCAACAGAUUUGCCGUCAGGAGUCAACAUCAGCAGAUAGAACAAGGAAGUAGGCCAUGAACGAUCUGAGUAACGGUGCAAGUGUGUACGUUUCUUAUACAAACACUGACAAAUAAGCAACUUUAUUUGAACAUGCAUGACGCAUAGAGCAGGAUCUCCGACGGCAAAACGACGGCCACGUGGUUAUUUUAAACGGACAUUGCAUCCUUCCGUUGCAUUAUGUGUCAAAAUUGAUAGGCCUAUUAAGGUUAUUCUCCAAGGUGCUAAUUAUGAUAGGAAAUCCCCUAAUAUCGGAAGACCGACUUAACGGACGGAAAAGAUAUUCAUUGUUAAAUUUGAUUACUUAAUAUCACGAAUCAAUUUGCCUGGUUGAUUUUGGAAAAUGUACACGCGUCCUUAUUUAUUAUUUUGUAAAUAUGUAAAUAUUAACUGUGUCAGAGCGACACAAAGUGCACUAUUAAAUAAGAUUGAAUACAAUUCUUUUUUAAGAAAAAUAUUUAUAUGUUAUAGUGUGGUAUACUGAGUACGUAAGUUUGCUGCAUGUUUGCUUAUCGGCCAACUUGUUGAAACCGAUUUACACUUUAUGUUGUAAAAAUUCUCAUCGUUUCAGUUGAGCCCAACAAUCUGCAUGUUCCUUUUCAAUGUUGGCGUUUAGGUACCGUAGAAACUGUAUUCGACAGAUGUUUGUGAAAAAUAAAUUGUGAAGGAAAUAAAUAAUCUAAGCAAGUUAUGUCACUUUCAUAUUGUGAAUAAAUAAUUCACCGGCCCGUCUGAAAAAGAUUUACAUAGUCUAUCUGUAAAUAUUUGAUCUCAAUAAAUUAAUUCAUGUGAAAAUUA